CUUUUUAAUUUCACAUUGUACCACAACAACAAAGAAAACAACACAGCUGGCGAAGAGACGCCAACAACUACCUACAUAAUUCACUACAAAAUUUUGUAUAAAAAAAAUUAAUAAACUAUUUUCCCAUUAUUUUGCUAUAGAGAAAACAAACUGAAAAUGAGUUCGGAGCAACCCAGUACAUCGAAAGAAUCCUUUGAUGUUUUUUACUCAGAAGUUAAAGAAAUUGAAAAACGUGAUUCCGUACUAACAUCUACUCAACAAAUUGAUCGUUUACUUCGUCCAGGUUCAACGUACUUUAAUCUCAAUCCCUUCGAGGUGUUACAAAUUGAACCAGAAGCCACGGUCGAAGAAAUCAAGAAACGUUAUCGUCAAUUCUCCAUAUUAGUGCAUCCGGAUAAAAAUCAGGAUGAUAAGGAUCGCGCACAAAAAGCAUUCGAUAUUAUAAAUCGUGCCUGGAAGACAUUGGAAAAUGAAUUGGGUCGCAAAAGAUGUUUAGACGUUUAUGAGGAAGCUAAAGAGAGGACAGACCACAUGAUUGCUGAAAAGCGCAAAAAGAUUAAAAAGGAGAAUCGUUGCUUUGAGACCAUACCCGAAGAUGAUCCUGUUAAAUAUAAGCAUGCUAUUUAUGUUAUGGUCAUGAAACUCUUUGCCGAUAUGGAACGAAGACGCCAAAAGUUGGAACAACGUGACCAAGAGGAACGCAAGAGGAAAAGAGAGUCUGAAAUUGAAGAGGAGGAAAAGCGCAAAGCUGACAAAGAAUGGCAAACGAAUUUUGAAGAAUCCCGCCAAAGUCGCGUUAACAGUUGGCAUGACUUUCAAUCCGGUAAAUCGGCUAAGAAGGCCAAGAAGCAAAAACGCUUGCAUGGCAUGAUGAUGCCACCGAAAUUUAAACCGGAAUCACGAUAAAUGUGGUGGUAUUAUAUGUUAAUAACUUAAGUCUUAAUUAAGUCCACCUACUUUUUUAUCUACCUUACGUUGAUUCAAAAUCAUCAACGACUUUUUAACAAACACUUAUUUCAUUUCAUCAUUUUUUAAUGUUUAGUUUUUUAAUAAUAGUAUUUAAACAGAUUAAACAGUAGAAACGAAUAUGUAACUAAAAAAUGCACAGUUCUAUUUGUGCUUCUCCAAGCAACACAAAAAAUAUUGACUUGCAAAGUAUUUAGAUCUUAACUUUUAUAAUGUUAAAAUUAAGCAUUUCAUGCGAUCAGUCUAAAUAUAUCUGUGUGAAUAUAAAAAAAUAGUUUCCUUUAAAUAAAGUACGAUUCCAUAAGUUGAACAUAAUAUCGUCCCCUUAAUAAAACAAUAGUGUAUAAUUUUUUUGCCAUUUCGAAAUAAUUGAGUUUAAAAUGUGUGUUAGUAGACAUCUAGAACAAAAGUAAUAUUUCAAUUGAUCUUUUGACCUACUUUGUGUAAGUAGAAUUUCACCAAAUUCAGUUAUGUAGAUUCUUAUGCAAUUAAAAUAAUAAAAAUAAUGGCGUAUAUGUAUACUAUUGUUUUAUUGAGGGGACGAUAUAUGUUCAUAAUAAAUUUAAUUUGAUUUUUACAUUAAAAUAACACAAAUUUAAAAUUGUUUUAAAAGGAA